AUGGGCAUCAGCGUCGGAAACAACCACCCCACUGCUGUCAGCACGUUUCUGGCUCUCUCUGCACUGGGAAGCGCUACAAACCCUCGUUGCAAAUCCAGCAGGGAGAGGCUCACAAUGAAAGUGAAGAUCUUGUAUGAAGUUGCCAGAAGGAUAGUUAUUACCUUUGGGAUUUUAAGUCCCUGGUUCUUUGGAUGGAGUGCUUGCCUCACCAACCCCAUUUGGAACAGAGCUUUGCGGGAGGCUAGUUUCACCUUUGGCAUACUGAGCAUCACGGGCACCUCAGUGCAAUUUGCUGCUGUCAUUGCAUCUCUUCUCCGUGGCCCAUACUGCUACGGCUCACUUGCUGGGAUCACUGGGACCGACUCCCUGGGUUACACAGCCCUGUUGCCCUUUCCCCAUGCUGACUUCCCAAACCUCCACAAAGACCCAUCACGUUGUGAGCGGUGCCACCUCACCCUGCAAAUACUGGAUCUGUGCUUGAGUUUGGCCAUAUUCUGUGCAUCUUUGGUUUUUGUGAUGACUUUUGUGAGACUGCUCCAGUUUGGACAUUUAAAC